GUAUAACCAGUGUACAUACAUAUUUCCAGCAUACACGUGCUUGGCAAGAAAAGUUGAAAUCUAACCUUUAAUUUAUAUCGAAGGUCUUUUAAUUCUUUGUGGUGUAUCGAUAAUUUAUUUACGUAAAUAUAUUUUAACAAAAUCAGAUCAUUACAAUGGCAAUGCAAAUUCCUACAAAUGUGGAUCCUGAACAAAUUAAAUCUGUUCGAGAUUUUGUGGCAUCCUAUAAUAGAUUGAUAGAAACUUGUUUUAUUGACUGUAUAAAUGAGUUUACUACACGAGAUGUCCAAGCAAAGGAAGAAACUUGUGCUCUGAACUGCAUGGAAAAAUAUUUGAAGAUGAACCAAAGGAUGUCACAACGUUUCGAAGAAUUUCAAAUGCUUGCUAAUGAAAAUGUACUUGCUGCUCAGAAAAAAUUAAGCGAGGGUAAAAAGUCUUGAAUGUUGUAUCAAUAAAGUAUGUAAAUUAAUUAUCUUUAA